AUACUCGAACGCAUACAUACAUUAGGACAUGGGACAUUGGCUGCCACGCUCGCUUUUGUCGUUUUCAGUUCGAGCAGUCGCGUCCGGAAUCCGGGAAGCGGAUGCCGCCGAGAUGCCCUCCGAUUUCGCCGGAGGACGGCGAGGGGACGAUGAGGAUGGUGACGUACAACGUCAACGGCCUGAGGCAGCGGAUCUCCCAGUUCGGUUCGCUCCUCCGGUUGCUCGAUUCCUUCGACGCCGACGUCGUUUGCUUCCAGGAGACGAAACUGAGGAGACAGGAGCUUACGGCGGAUGUGGUGAUGGCCGAGGGGUACGAGUCCUUCUUCUCGUGUACGCGCACGUCGGAUAAAGGCCGCACUGGGUAUGCAGGGGUGGCAACGUUUUGCCGGGUGAAGUCCGCAUUUUCAAGCAGUGAAGUGGCUUUGCCAGUUGCGGCGGAGGAAGGCUUCACGGGUCUCCUUGGAAACGGUAGAAAGGAUGAAAAUCAUGCUAGUGUAGCAGGAGGCGUUGAGGAGUUUGCGAAGGAUGAUCUUCUUCAAGUUGAUAGUGAGGGACGUUGUGUCAUCACGGAUCAUGGCCACUUUAUUCUUUUCAAUAUAUAUGGGCCUCGGGCUGACUCUGAUGAUGCUGAAAGGACCGAGUUCAAGCUCAAGUUUUAUAAGAUAUUACAGAGAAGAUGGGAGCAUCUUUUGCAGCAGGGGAAAAGAUUAUUUGUUGUAGGCGAUUUGAACAUAGCGCCUGCUGCUAUAGAUCGGUGUGAGGCAGGUCCAGACUUUGAGAAGAAUGAGUUUAGAAAAUGGCUAAGGUCUAUGUUGGUAGAAAAUGGAGGCCCUUUCUUUGACAUUUUCAGAGCCAGACAUCCUGAUAGGAAAGAUGCAUAUACAUGCUGGCCUUCAAAUACCGGUGCUGAACAAUUUAAUUUUGGAUCAAGAAUUGACCAUAUCCUCUGUGCUGGAUCCUGCUUACAUGAAGACUGUGAUCCGCAAGGUCAUAACCUCAUAGCUUGCCACGUCAAGGAUUGUGACAUACUAACAAGAUACAAACGGUGGAAACCGGGGAAUACCCCAAGGUGGAAAGGAGGAUGGAGUACAAAACUGGAAGGUUCUGAUCACGCUCCUGUCUAUGUGUGUUUAGAGGGAAUCGUUGACGUACCCCAGCAUGACACUCCAUCAAUAUCUGCUAGAUAUUUUCCUACAAUUCGUGGCAUCCAGCAAACAAUUGUGUCAGUGCUAAUGAAGAGACAAGUUUCCGAGCAAGUGGAAGUAUGCGAAAUGUCAACUUCAUGUUUAGAGGAAGAUGUCACAAUAAGGAGUUGUAGUAGGGGAUCGAAAAGAUCCUCUGGCGACUGUGAGCCAUCUGGGUCACUCUCCGGCGAAUCUUGUGCUUCCUCAAACCGAAAUUAUGGUUCUGUAAACUUGGAAGCACACGAACAGUCUCGGAAUUCCGCUGCUGUUGGUGUUUCUGACACUGCAGAUGGUAACCAAUAUAGUGAAGUUAAGAAAAAAGCUAAGAAAGGCCGAGGGUCUCAACUAUCAUUGCGGUCUUUCUUCCAGAGAAACUUAGACAGUUGCAACAAAGAUGAGAAGUCUAGUGGAAAUUUUUCACUCAAUGCGGUGCAUACACAAAAGUCUGACAAUCAGACUAAUUGUAACUUUGCAAAGGAUGAGGAUGGCAGAAGCCUCCAGCAGAAUGAUUUGAACACAAGUGCUUCUCCUCUUGAUCAAUCAUCUCUGGGGAAAGGAAAAAAUGAUGUGGCUUUACUGGAGUGGCAAAGAAUACAGCAGGUGAUGCAGAAUAGCAUCCCUCUUUGCAAGGGCCAUCGUGAACCCUGUGUCUCUCGUGUUGUAAAGAAGGCAGGUCCUAAUUUUGGUCGCAGAUUUUACACGUGCCCUCGUGCUGAGGGGCCUGCCUCCAAUCCUGAAGCAAAUUGCGGUUUCUUCAAAUGGGCUUCGUCAAAAGCUAAGCAGUAAAUAGCGAGGAUGAUGCUGACUGACCACCGUUUGACUGUCAAAACUUUUGACUGCUUUGUAUCUAGCUGUAGUUUGCCCGGCUGCUGUUGUAAUUCUUUUCAAUUAUGCACCCAGGUUCCGCAUUUAGAAAUUUGAACCGAGGGUGCGGGAUUGAAUAGGCGGCAUUAUGCUGAGCUUAACUGUUGUGUAUACAGACGAAAUGAUGCUAUUUGGAAAUUGUAUGUGAAGUGCAAUCCAUGUGACAUGCUUUUUAACGGCAA